AUGCUACCAUCAUUCUGCGACGGCUUGCCCGUCAACUUCGCUACUCCGGACUCUACCUCCAACCCCAGACGGGCUUGCACGACGCAAUCAACAACAGACAGCUCGGGAGAAUAUUCUCAGAUCAACGGCUUCUACACGCCAUCGCCGACGUUGCAAGUCGCUGAAACAGCCCACCCGCCUCCGCAACCCCAGCAGCAUCACCAGCAGCAGCAGCCGUCGUCUCAUAGUUACCCGCUCCCGCAUAUCCACUCGGCGUCUUCGUCCCAGGGCAUGUGGCCCACACCACCGGCCACUGCUUGUGAAGACUUUGACGACUACACCUAUCAAGGAUCGCCAGCCAGUGCCUCCUGCGGCAUUCCCGUGGUCAACUGUUCUGCUCGAUCCUCUGCCACCAGUCCCAGAAGCUGGUCAUCCCCAGACACACACCACUCGAGCUACCCACGGCCUUGGAAGGCACAAGAGCUGCCUCCCUUCGGUAUGUGCCUCAACACGAUCCCCUCUGACGACCGUUACCACCAGCAAAUGCUAGCAUCGCCCUACGGCCACCACUCAUACCUGGCUAACAGCAUCGACCCGGAUUCCAUUAUGAGCCAGGAGGCACCACCUAUGACUCCAGAUCAUCCCGAGUCUGCUUUGUCCCCUCGCAGUGGAUCAUCACCGGGAAAAAACGAAUUCAACAUGCCCUAUAGAUUCGAUGAGGACGAAAUUUCUCCCCCGCCGCACCAAGGGGAGGGAGAGUGCGGAUCUGAGGCAGAUGAUGCGAACAAGGUGGAUGAACCCUACGCCCAACUCAUCUACAAGGCGUUUAUGAGCAGAGAGCGGCAUGCUAUGACGCUACAGCAGAUCUACGCGUGGUUCCGAGAGAACACAGACAAGGCCAAGGCGGAGAACAAGGGCUGGCAAAACAGCAUACGCCACAACUUGAGCAUGAACCAAGCAUUCGUCAAACGAGACAGGAGACCAAGCGCCAGCGAUGCUACGACGGAGUCUGGCGAGCCCAAAAAGUCGACGGAGUGGGUUCUUGAGGAUUGGGCAGUGCGUGACGGAGUCCAAAGCACCACACGCUACCGCAAGCCGAAUCCCAGUCGGCGGGGAGGCUCCGGCUCGCACUCACGCCAUCAUCGAGACUACCAGCCUUCAGCACGAGCAACAUCGGGUCGCAAAGGAGGGCUUACAGCAAGCAAGACAAAGGCGGCUGCCACUCGUCAAGCUAUGCGGAACAAGCACAUGUACAGCGGGGCGAGUUCGCAUUUCCCUAGUAGUCACUACUACCCGCGAAACCACGAUGCAGAGUAUGCUGGCUCAGUUAAGGACGAGCCAGCCACGCCUCCGGAUGCGUCUGUGGGUGACAUUCUGUUUGCCGAACCCCUUUCGACGAACGCCGCUAUCCCAGCCACCAACCCGGGAUACUACUACAGCCACGCACACGGUCACGCACACGGUCAAGGUCACGGCCACCACGCUCACCAACAUCCUCAUGCUCAGCAGCCACACCACCACUCACAGCCGUACACCCUGGAAAAUGUCACCGGCGUCUAUGACCAUCCGCCUGCACCAUCGGGUCCGGGACGCAACCAGUACAUGCUCUUUGCAGACAGUCAUGACGCGGCACCAGAGUCGUCUGUCCGUGUCAACAGCAUCAACUACAGCUGGGGCAAUAGCGAUGGGGGCGCACCAUACCAGUCCUAA